AUGCCUGGAAUUCUUCCCAUGAAAGUGAUCAAGGUUGGCAACGGCGCCCAAAGCCGUAUCGCCCAGGCCUGUGAUCGAUGCAGAAGCAAGAAGAUUCGCUGUGAUGGUGUCCGUCCAUGCUGUACGCAAUGCGCCAAUGUCGGUUUCGAAUGUAAAACGAGCGACAAACUCAGUCGCCGCGCUUUUCCCCGUGGGUACACUGAGUCGUUAGAGGAACGAGUGCGAGCUUUAGAGGCGGAAGUGAGGGAUCUGAAGAACUUGUUAGAUGAAAAGGAUGAGAAGAUCGACGUACUAUCUCGGAUACAUUCUUUCUCUCCCUCUUCACAGCAAAGGGCGGCUGCCUCUGUACGGUCGUCGUCUGAGUCGGUCAAGUCAGGCGCGCCCGACACGAAUGAAGGUGUCAUCCAGGUCCAGGAACCGUUAUCGUUAGGUGACCCAUCCAAUGUCGAAUUCGGAAUUGCAAAUAUUCGUGGUUUUAGUGGCAUCUUCACCACUAGACUUAUGGAUCAGGGCCGAUUGCCACCGAAUGUCUCGACUAAGGCUUUGACUACCUCGCCUGCCCCAAUUUCUGCCUCUCGUACGGACCAGGUCAUCAAGACCGCGCCGCGACUUGUGUCUGAUCAACUGAUUAAUAUUUUCUUCCAAGAGUGGGCUCCUCUUUACCCGGUUGUUCACAGGCCCACUAUCCUUAAAGCCUACGAGCAGUACCUGUCAAAUACAGAAACACUGCAAGGUAGUAAACAUGAUAUGGCGCAGUUGAACUUGAUAUUUGGCAUCGCUGCUCUUGCGUCAACCACAAGAACCAACCAGGACCCAACAUUCUUCGAGGACAACUGGUCUCCAGUCCUUGAAUCGCUCUCAGGCGAUGUGUCCGUCUCAACCCUGCAAUGCUAUGUUUUGGCUCAGAUGUACUGCAUGACCAAGGGCGAUUAUACCGGCCUUCUACGUUACCGUGGCUCUGCCGUCAGUAUUUGCCAUCAGUUGAGACUUCACCAGAGCCAGAAACGCUUCUCUUCGAACGCUCUGACUGCUGAGACACGGAAAAAGGUGUUUUGGUGCCAAUAUGUUGUCGACCGCUUCGCUGCUGCUUUAACUGGAUUGCCUGUUCUACUGCGCGAGGAAGAUAUCCGUACAGAGUACCCAGAGGAUAUUGAUGAUGAGAAUGUCACCGAGACAGGUUUCCUGCCUACUCUUCCUGGCGAGUCCACUCGCAUCUCUAGCGCGAUCGCAUUGUUUGCGGCAUGCAGAGUUUUGAACAAGGCUUUGGAAGAUCUGUAUCCCUCUGAUGGAGGGUACGAAAUUCCUAUCUCGAAGUUGCGUUCGGUUGCAGGACAACUAGACGGAUGGGUGAAGAACUUACCUCCUCACCUCCGUCUAGAGUUCUCGCAGGAUAAGCCUAGUACGAAUGUUACGAGUAGCCGGUCGCCACUUUUGUCUCUCGUUUACUACCUCAUUCGUUCAUUAAUCCAUCGCCCGGCUGUCUGCUUCGGCGAAGAACAGAUCCGUUCUUCGUCUGCGCUCACCGUCUCUGAUUGCAGCAAGCGCAUCAUUCAAAUUCUUGAACUCCUGGAUGAGAGGCGCCUUUGCCUUUCGCUCAGCAUCAACCGAAGAGAGUUGGUUUUCUCUUCCGGUCUCGGGCUUCUGUGGCAAAGUAUCGGCCUCAAACGAGACAGCAAGCUUAUCAAGGAAAGCCAGAAGCUGCUUACUGCGAUCAUAGAUCAAUUGGAAUCAGAGUCCCCUGUUGCUGCCGCAGAAUUCAGUACGCUGGCUAGUGCGCUGGUCUCACUGGAUGGUGGCAAACGUGCAACAUCCGAUAAGCCCUGUGAAAUGUCACCCCCUGAGCAGAAGUCGUCGAGAUCUCCUAAAAAGCAACUGCAAGCCUUGAAGUCCCGCUUGGCUGCUAGCGCCGGCUUCGGCCAGCCUGCAAAGCAAGACUCGCCAUCGCGCAGGAACACUAUCUCCGGCGCCAGCCCUCAUAUUGCCCAGCGUCAGAUACGGUCUUCUAGUUGGGCCAGCCUUCCUACCCCCGAUGACCUGCGCUUACCUGGAGACAAGAUGUACUACCCGUCUCAUCCUUUGGGAUACGAUCAAGGCCAUAUGCUUUCCAGCUCUGUACCCUCGGAUGUUGCCCACGGAGCUAUCACGAUGUCCGAUUGGGAGUUCGUUCUAAGUGAUAUGGACCGAGGUUAUUCUAACAUUUUCACCGGAAUCUAUGGCGGCAAGGAGUGUGGUGAUGACGCUGGACCUUUCGCAUCCCUGACGGCCGAAUAUGCACCGAAGCCCGACUCAAUGGCAGGGCCGUUGCCGGGAUCCCACAAUGACCUCCAGGGACUGUCCCCCGAAGCUUGGUCUUCUAGCAGCAAUAGCGAUGUGGCCCCCACUCGGGAGAUGGCGGCACAGAGCGUCCUGAGUUACUCGGAUGAAAGCAUGGGCAGUACGGAAGAGGCGGUACCCUACAACGACCUCCGGUUAUCCCCGGAAGAGCAGGCCAAUCUAUUGGAUCCCUUCCGGGGCGUUGUGAUUCCGGCUACGGAGGACGAGGUCACUGAGUUUGGACUGAUGAACGGGUGGGAUCGGCGGCUGGCCGCCUGA